ACGCGCUUCAAAAAACAUCCUCCUCGACACACUCUUUCGAAGCCUCGACACAGAAAAGGCAUCACUAAUUUUAAGCACCUGGCUGACAGCAGGCAGAAGAGAGCGCAGCGCGGCGCGGCGCGGUGAGGAGCGGAGCUGUGCGCCUGGAUGGUAUGGAGCUCAAAUCACUGCAAUCCUAAUUAGAUGUUAACAAAGACUCGGACUGAUACAGAAUCAAGCUCCAGGAAGGAGAAAAAAGUUCAAACUUCGGUUCUGAUUCCAGCGGAGGGUCGAGGCGGCAGGAGCCUGAGUGGAAAACUUGGCUUUCGCUCUUUGCCAUGAAACAUGAUUAAUGAAAGCAGUGAAGUUGGAGGCUUUCAGCCUCACUGGAACUUCAGCGGGUCGUUGGGUAACCAGUCGGCUGACCUGUUCUCCAACAUCUCCUGUAAUGAGUCGACCAACAGUUCCACAUCCUGCUCUCUUCCCGACAACAAUGCAUGGUCUGAAAGUCGGUAUAAAACCUUGGAGAUGUUUUUUAUUGCUUUGGUGACUGGAUCUCUGAGUUUUGUGACUGUGACUGGAAACAUAUUAGUUAUGCUGUCCAUCAAAGUGAACCGCCACUUACAGACUGUCAAUAACUAUUUUUUAUUUUCCCUGGCCUGUGCUGACCUGAUCAUCGGAGUUUUCAGCAUGAACUUAUACACAGUCUACAUCAUUGUUGGCUCCUGGCCACUGGGACCGGUCGUCUGCGAUCUGUGGCUAGCGUUAGAUUACGUCGUCUCGAACGCUUCUGUGAUGAACUUAUUGAUCAUCAGCUUUGAUCGCUACUUCUGCGUGACCAAACCCCUGACGUAUCCCACCAGAAGGACAACCAAGAUGGCGGGACUAAUGAUCGCUGCAGCGUGGAUCCUGUCAUUCAUCUUGUGGGCUCCAGCCAUCUUGUUCUGGCAGUUCAUUGUCGGGCAGCGAACAGUACCAGCAGGAGAAUGCUACAUUCAGUUCCUUUCUAACCCUGCAGUGACCUUUGGGACGGCUAUAGCUGCCUUCUAUCUGCCCGUCGUUAUUAUGACAGUCCUAUACAUCAACAUCUCCUUGGCUUCCAGGAGCAGAGUCUCCAAACACAAACCUGAGAAGAAAGAGAAGAAGGGAAUCAAACCUCCCAACCUGCUAAAGAGUCACAUGAUAAAGCAGAACAACAACAACGAUACCAGCCCUCAAGCCAGUCCUCGCUCCACUCCCAAGGCCAGCCUGGACUCCACCACCACCGCCCUGGAUGGAGUAAAGAACGGCCAGGUGGAGGAACAGAAACCUCCCCAAGCCGAAGCCCUGGGGCACCCCAGUCCCAGACUGGCACAGGAAGAGAAGGAGAGUUCCAACGACUCGUCCACAGCUUUUAUCCCUCCAACAGAACCAAAGGCCAACAGUGAGGCGACGUCUGAGGUUUGUGUCCAAAAUGUGGAUAAUAUUGUUGUCCGUGGUCAUAAAGGGAAGCACAUGGUCAGUAACUCAUGGAGGCUGUAACA